AUGCAUCGAUCAUCAAUUCAUAUCCAUCAAUUCACAUCAACAAAAUUCUACAUCAUGGCAAUUAUCACUUCUACAGCGCAUAUUACUGAUUAUCUCGUGGGAAAAUGGUACUUGGUAAUCACCGUUUACAUCUGUCUCUAUCUUCUCAAGAACCGCUAUGGAAGAGGUCUUCAUAAGAUUCCAGGCCCGUUUCUGCAGUCAUUUUCAAUGAUUCCACGGGCUUGGCAGGUCUGGCAGGGGAACAUCCAUCAACGCGACCUGAAAUUCCAUCAGAAAUAUGGAAAGCUCGUCCGCAUUGGCCCAAAACUAUUAUCCCUUGCAGAUGUCAACGAGAUGAACACAGUGUACGGUAUUACGACGAAAUUCUACAAGUCUUCCUUCUAUGACCCUUCCACGCCAUAUGACGAAGAGGGAAUCGUGCCAGAUCCUUUUAUUCUCAAAGACAAAGCAAUUCAUUCACGUAUGAAGCGCAAUGCCGCGAACGCAUACUCGCUGAGCUCAGUGUUACAGUUAGAGGCGUACGUGGACGAAGUUGAGGACAAGCUGCUGGCAAUCCUCGACCGCGAAGCAGAGAAUCCUGAAAAUGUCAUUCCAUUUGACCACUACUUGCAUGCAUUUGCAAUGGAUGCUAUCUUCAUGAUUAGCUUCGGCAAGAGCUUGAAUAUCCUCGAAAAUGGAGACGAACAUAAGGUCAUGGCAUGCUUCGACACGAUUAUGCCCUAUAUGGCAACAAUUGGCCAAAUGCCGUGGUUACAUAAAUUCCUUGUUGGAAACCCUCUCAUGGCCAAGCUUAUCUUGGGAGAUAUGACUUUCGAAACAGGCUUGAUGAAAAUUGCCACAUCCCAAGUCGAGGAAUUCAAGAAGAACCUGGGCCGAUCCGAAGAGGGGCCGUUUACGUUCACGGAACGCCUGCUAAUGAACCAGGCUUCGAAGCCAGAUUCUAUAACGGGGCGAGAGCUGAUCACGCAUGCACUGGGGAAUAUAACAGCGGGUGGGGACACGACGUCAAUCACUCUUCGCUCCAUUUUCUAUUUCUCGCUUCAGAAUAAAGAGUCAUACCACCGACUAUGUCACGAAGUGCGCAGCAACUGUACUCUACCGGUGACUUUCUCAUCAGCUCAGAAACUCCCUUACCUAAACGCUGUCAUCAAAGAGGCGCUGAGACUCCACCCACCAAUGCCAAUCAUGUUGGGGCGCACCGUGCCCGAGGGUGGUGCUAAUAUCUGUGGCCAUUAUAUCAGGGAGGGUACUGAGGUCGGCAUACCAUCAUACGUUCUACACAGAGACCCGGCCAUCUUCCCUGAUCCCGAUUCUUGGAAACCCGAAAGGUGGUUAAAGGCUGAGACUGACAAAGACAGUCUUGCAGACAUGGACCGCGCAUUUUUCGCGUUUGGAGGGGGCGCCCACACCUGCAGCGGUAAGCAUAUCAGCAUGAUGGAGAUUAUCAAGUUGGUGCCUUUGCUACUCCUUAAAUAUGACUUCGAACUCGCUUUCCCUCAGCGUCCCUGGACUUUUCGAGUUUCUAUGUUAGCACCGCAGAAGGGGGUUCAUGUAACAAUCAAGAAGAGAGCAUAG